AUGGAGUUGUUUCGAAAAGAAUCUAUUUUUUUCACACUCGCAUUUUGUACGUGGGCAGUCAAUGGAUUGGCAGUAGAUGAAGAUGGCAAAUGUCCGUCCACAGCUAACAUUAGCUGCAAAGAUGGGCUAUUACUGCCGGUAUGGAAACCAAAGGACAGCACCAGUGUUGCUCGGAUAGCAGGACGUGCCAUCGUGUAUUUCCUUUCGCUGAUGUAUUGCUUUCUCGGUGUGUCAAUCAUCGCUGAUCGAUUUAUGGCCGCAAUCGAAGUAAUCACAAGUCAGGAAAAAGAAGUCCGAGUGAAGUCAAAGUCAGGAGAAGUUCAGGUGAUAUCCGUACGCAUUUGGAAUGAAACAGUUUCGAACCUAACACUUAUGGCUCUUGGAUCUUCCGCGCCCGAAAUUUUGCUCUCUAUCAUCGAAAUCUGUGGAACGAACUUCGAAGCUGGGGAGCUUGGUCCUGGUACAAUUGUUGGGUCUGCGGCCUUUAACUUAUUUGUCAUCAUUGGUACAUGUAUUGCUGUUAUACCUAAUGGAGAGACACGCAGAAUCAAGCAUUUCGGUGUUUUUGUUGUAACGUCAAUAUGGAGUGUAUUUGCGUAUCUCUGGCUCUACUUCAUCAUCUCAGUGACGUCAAAGGGUAUCGUGGAAUUCUGGGAAGCAUUUCUCACUUUUCUUUUCUUCCCCAUAACAGUUAUUACUGCAUAUAUAGCAGAUAUUAAGCUGUUCCAAAAGAAAUUUUUAAAAAAGAGGUAUAAGGCUAGGCGAAAGGCAAAAUACAUGAUUAAAAAUGCUUCUGACAUAGAGGCCAAUGGUAAAUUUACAAACUCUGAACCCGUUUCAGAAAGCAGUGAAGGGUCGUUAGAGGAGGAGUACGAAAAGACUCGUCUUGAAUACAUUGAGACCAUUAAGGAAAUCCGCAAGAAAAAUCCACAAAUCGAUCCUAAGGCGCUGGAAGAGCUAGCACAGAUCGAAGUUUUAAACAAGGGUCCAAAAUCGCGAGCGUACUAUCGCAUCCAAGCAACUCGACAAUUGACGGGCAGUGGCAACGUGAUAACGAAAUCCAAACUUGAACGCAAACUUCCAAUUCAGCAGACUGAAGUAACCGAACUAUACGCACCUGAUGUUCAGCAACUUUACUUCAAUCCUGGUCACUACACAGUGAUAGAGAAUGUUGGAAGCUUUCAAAUCACUAUUUCUCGAAAGGGUGGAGACCUUCGAGAUGAAGUCGCUAUCGACUACGCUACGGAGGACGGUACCGCAGUUGCUAAUGAAGACUAUGAACCAACCAAUGGAACGCUCGUUUUCCGUUCUAAUGAACAACACAAACAGAUAUCCAUAACCAUCAUUGAUGACGAUGUCUUUGAGGAGGAUGAACACUUCGACGUUCGCCUCAGUAACCUUCGUGUAAUUCACACCUCUGGUCUCACUUCCGAAUGGAAGCUUGUGAAUCCAGUUGUUGCUACUGUCAUGGUGCUGGACGAUGAUCACUCCGGCGUUUUUCAUUUCGCUUCUGAGUCGGUUGAUAUCAGUGAAUCUUGCGAGGUCGCCGAAUUCACCGUUGUUCGCAGUUCAGGUGCCCGUGGUUGUGUACACGUUCCAUUCAAGACAGUGGAUGGAAGCGCUAAGGGAAACGGCAAGGACUACUCCGACACUUCUGGAUUUGUUGAAUUUUUGAACGAUCAGACCGAAGGCGUCAUCCGUGUCCCUAUUGUGGACGAUAAUGACUACGAGAAGAGCGAGUACUUCUUCAUUGAGCUCGGACAGCCAACACUUGUAGAAAAAGAGGGCGUAUCACCUGAGCCUGGAAUUGAAAGGCAGAUCUCAAGCCUGCGACAUACGGAGCUGAGACUGUGGUACACGAGAAAGAUUUGGAAAACUCAAUUCAGUAGGGAAUACCUCACUCAUAAAGAACAAGGCGCUCACUCAUUCUUCUCGAUGAUGUCAGAGAAGCUUUUCCCGGACACCUUAAAAAGGAGAUCGUUGGUACGCAAGAUAGAUUCUACCAAGACUGGCGAGGUCACUGAUACCGAGGGACUCGACCCGGGAUUGCCGCGUCUUGGCCAAUAUACCCGUCUCCGUGUCAAUAUCAAGGAGAGCACCGAACUAAAGAACACUGUGGAUCGUCUGGUUAAACACGGAAAGUGGGUUCUGCUUCUUGGCACUUCUUCCUGGAAGGAACAGUUUGUAGACGCAAUCACCGUCAACGCUGGUGAUGAUGACGAUUUGGAAGCGAUUGCCGAGGGCGAAAAGAAGAUGCCUUCGUGCACGGACUACGUUAUGCAUUUCCUCACUGUCUUUUGGAAGGUCCUUUUCGCUUUUGUACCUCCCACGGAAUACGCCGGCGGUUGGGUGUGCUUUGUGGUGAGCAUAAUCGUAAUUGGCUUCCUCACGGCCAUCAUCGGUGAUCUGGCCUCCGCCUUCGGAUGCACUGUCGGUCUGACUGAUGCCGUCACCUCCACCACCUUUGUCGCUUUGGGCACAAGUCUACCCGACACCUUUGCAAGCAAGGUGGCAGCUAUUGGUGACAAGUACGCCGACUCCUCGAUCUGCAAUGUGACCGGCAGCAACGCGGUGAAUGUGUUCCUGGGCAUCGGCGUGGCCUGGACUAUCGCGGCUAUCGUCCAUUGGGUGCGUGGCUCCACCUUCGUAGUGCCUGCCGGCUCUCUUGGUUUUUCCGUUACCAUUUUCUGCAUCUUCGCCCUCUUUGCAAUUGCACUGCUUGUGCUGCGUCGUAAACCCUCUCUUGGCGGUGGAGAACUGGGUGGUCCUCGCGCCAGUAUUAAGUGGGCCUCUGCCAUCUUCUUUCUUCUCCUCUGGCUCAUAUAUGUGCUGCUCUCGUCACUGGAGAACUACUGCUACAUUGUGGGCUUCUGA